AGAUCUGAAGUAGAAAAAUACUUCAUUGGACCUUCGAAGUUCGAAACAAGGGCAUUUCGACAAAAACUUAAAAAAACCAAAGAGAAAAAUAAGAUCACAAAAUUUUGGAGAGAACUGCAUACUUAAAAGAGGCAUGAGCGUAAAUUUCUUCAACUUAAUACACUGGCAUUAUUUGCAAGGCACGUUGCGAUUAUCUGCCAAACCCCAUCCAGCAAAGGAGGUUUUCUUUUUCAAUCCCAAAUUCCAAUUCCCGUUUCAGAAGCUCAAUCUCUCUAUUUCCCAGCAGAUCUGGUGGGUUGCAGAGACAAUUGAUUAAUCUGAGUAGUAGUAGUAAUAGUAAGGAUGUGUAGAUUUUGGGGCUUUCUCCCUCUCCUUGUGCUUGUAUUGUUUCCUUGGGAGGGUCUGAGCCUCCGCUUUGAUUUAAAAUCGGGUAGUUCAAAAUGCAUAGCCGAAGACAUCCAGAUCAAUGCCAUGGCUGUCGGUCAUUACAGCGUCGUUGACCUUCAAGAGGGACAGCCCACACCCGAUUCUCACAAGAUCACCGUCCGGGUUACGUCCCCUUAUGGAAACAGUCUUCAUUAUGGGGACCAUGUGGAUUCUGGUCAAUUUUCCUUUACAUCGACUGAGGCCGGGGACUACAUGGCUUGCUUUUGGGCGGCCGACCACAAGCCCCCUGAAACCCUCACAAUUGAGUUUGACUGGAGGACUGGAGUCGCUGCCAAGGACUGGCCCAACGUUGCCAAGAAAGGCCAGAUCGACGUCAUGGAGCUGGAGCUGAAAAAGUUGGAGGACACAAUUAAAUCUAUCCAUGAAGAGAUGUAUUUUUUGCGAGAGAGGGAGGAAGAGAUGCACAUGCUGAACAUAACAACGAACUCCAGGAUGGCCUGGUUGAGUUUCCUAUCUCUGGUAAUCUGCUUAUCGGUGGCAGGGCUGCAGCUAUGGCAUUUGAAGACAUUCUUCGAGAGGAAGAAGCUUCUCUAGAUCUACAGAGAAGAUGAUAUUUUUUCUUAAUCAGAUGCAACUUUCUGAGAUUACUGGACUUAUAGUCAAUAGAAUUCCUCUAAUCAAAAGUUUGUUUAGCUUUGAUGAGGAAUAUAGUUAAUGUAUUCACUGCCUAUCAUUUAAAUUUGAAAUAUAAUACUUUUGCUUUUGCCUUUGA